GUCAUAUUUCUGCGCUCAUUCUGCAGCCAGCCGUCAAGGAUAAACGGAUAGAGGAUAGUUUAGCAAUACACGUAAAUGUAUUUUAUUUUUCUUGUAGUUUCCAUUACGAAUUAAAUGUAACUAGCUAAAAAAUAAAUAAACAUGUCUCUUAUUGUAUCACGUUGUAUGGGUAGGAUGCUAUGUCGACAGACCCAUGUGCCUCGUAUUUUUGUGGAAGAACAUUGUCUUACCAGGCAAAGCCCAUGGUCGAACACAGUGCUGACGCUUCACACAUCUGCCCCUUUAAGGGCGGAACCUAAAAAAAAGAAAAAGGUAGACCCCAAAAGAGAGCAUGUAGCAAGAGAGAGGCUGAAGAAGAGACUUAAAAAGCUGGAGAAAGUUCCACCUGAACUCAUCCCCAUAGAAGAUUUCAUCACUCCAACCAAGUGCCUGGAUGAAGCACGAGGACGCUCAGAACCCAGGCUGCCCUUCGAAGAGAGUGAACGCAGAGCGCUGCUGUUGAAGGAGUGGUCUCGUUUCAAGCAUGCGCAGCAUACGGCUGAGAUGGAGGCUAUAAACCUAGCCCUGGAUGCCCAAAGAGAAGCUCUGGAGGAACUAAAGAUUGAGUCUGAGGAGCUGUACAAGGCAGCUAUUAAACCAGAUCCACUCGUCUUUCCCUUUAGUCACGAGGGACCCUGCUACACACCACCCAAGCCCAAAUAUGAUGCUCCGGAUGGCAAAUACCAUGAUAUCACCAAAGUCUACACUCAGUGAUGAAUGCACGUUUGCUGGGGUGUCAGUGUGUGAUUCUACACCUAGCCCCUCUAGUCAGGAAAGUUGUUCUAAAAUGUUUUACUAAAACAUCACUAAGUGUGUAUAUAAUGUUGCAACGUCUAUCCCAACUUUCCAAUGCCUGUAUAAAAUGCGACUCCUAACUCAAUAAAUAGUUUAUACAAAUGUGA